UCCCAAACUCCGCCAGAUUUCGAAUCUAAAAUAAUAUUAUCAGUAAAACUACUACUUAUAUAACAGAAGCCUCAAUCAAAUCACAAUCAUAACCAAAAAGCCUAAUUUUCAUCUCUUUCUGAUUGUGUUAUAGUGAAAUAUACCCAGAGAGAGAGAUGGAGAGUGAUGGCUCAAAGAUGAGUACAAACACCAAUCAAUCACCUCCUGUUCUUGUUCACAAAAGGCAGAGGGUUGUUUUAGAAGAAUUUCCAGAUCUCAGUGUUCCUCCUGGUUAUCAGCCUAUACAGAAUUCCAAUUUGGAUGAGCCAAUUGGUAACAAAAGUAAUGUGAAACGUGACAAUCAACAGAUUGACGAGCCUUAUGUAUCUGAUAUCUCUCUUUAUCUUCGCAUGAUGGAGAUCGAGGAAAAUCGAAAACCAGCGGUUGAUUACGUGGAAAACGUUCAGAAACACAUUACUACGAACAUGAGGGCAACAUUGGUUGAUUGGUUAGUUGAGGUUGCAGAUGAAUACAAGCUUCUCUCAGAAACACUUCAUCUAGCUGUUUCCUACAUUGACAGAUUCCUAUCUAUCCAUUCUCUCAAUAGAUCCGAGCUUCAGUUGCUCGGUGUUUCCGCUAUGCUCAUUGCAUCAAAGUAUGAAGAAACCACUCCACCAAAAGCAGCGGAUUUCUGCCAAAGUACUAAUAACACCUAUUCACUGCAUGAGGUUUUAGAGAUGGAAGCUCAGAUACUCAAGACCCUGAAUUAUGAAAUGGGAAACCCUAAUGUCGUCACCUUUUUAAGGAGGUUUAUCGCCAUUGCUUCUGAGAAUCGAAAGACUUCUAAUUCGCAGUUUGAAAAUUUGUGCAACUAUCUUGCCGAUUUAAGCCUGCUUGACUAUGAGUGUAUACAAUUUAAGCCUUCCACUGUGGCUGCCUCUGUUAUAUUUCUUGCCAAAUUUAUUAUCAAGCCUAGAGUGCAUCCUUGGACUUUGUCCCUCUAUGACUCAUUGGUAUAUGGAUCUGAUGAUUUGGAAGAUUGUGUUAUCAUUCUACAUGAUUUAUAUUUGUCAAAAAGGGCAUCAUCCUUGAAAGCUAUUCGUGACAAAUACAAGAAGAAAAAGUUUAAAUGUGUAGCAAACUUGCCCUCCCGGCCAGAGCUGCCAGAACGUUACUUUGAAGAAGUUCAUGGCGAAUAAACUAAUUCAUAUGUUCGAUCACUUGCUGAGUACUAUAUUGGUUAUUGUUGGUGAAUAAAAUUAUACUGCUGUUUAAUUUGUUAUGUUUUAUAUGGUCGUUAAAAUUGCAGAAGUGUAAACAAAAUAAGUGACUUAUAUGAUACUACAUAAUUCUAAUUUUUGCAAUGAAGAAU